AUGUCGAAGCAAUUUCAGUUCAAGCUCGUUCUUCUAGGCGAGUCAGCUGUUGGGAAAUCCAGCUUGGUCCUAAGGUUCGUGAAAGAUCAGUUUGAUGACUACCGGGAAAGUACUAUUGGCGCCGCGUUCCUGACACAAACAGUUACCUUAGAGGACCAGACAACUGUCAAGUUUGAAAUAUGGGAUACAGCGGGUCAAGAGCGAUACAAAUCCCUUGCGCCAAUGUACUAUCGCAACGCAAAUUGUGCAGUUGUCGUGUAUGACAUCACCCAAGCUGCCUCUUUGGAGAAGGCGAAGACAUGGAUUCGUGAACUGCAACGCCAAGCAGACCCAUCGAUAAUAAUAGCCUUGUGCGGCAACAAAUUGGAUCUCUCCGCACGCAGACAAGUUACGGAGGAGGAAGCCAGUAAAUAUGCUGACGAAGAAGGUCUUCUGUGGAGCGAGACAAGCGCAAAGACAGGAGAGGGUGUAAACGCUAUCUUCAAUGCUAUUGCCAAGAAGCUCCCGUUGACCGCACCGCCCUCAGCGCGUGGUGCUCGUGUCGCAGCCCCUGGUACCACGCGGCAGAGUGUAGACCUUAACAGGCAGCCAACAGCUCAAGGUAGCGAAGCUUGCAAUUGCUAG